AUGGCCGACGGGGCGGCGCGGCCGGGGGCCGAGCUGCUGGCCUUCGAGCGGUUCUGGGCGGCGAGCGCGCAGCCCCCCGCCUACGGCUACGGGCAGGGCGGGCGCGGGCUGCGGGCGCUGCGGGCGCGGGAGUUCGGGCGCCUGGCAGGAACUGUCUACCUGGACCACGCAGGAGCCACACUGUUCCCCGAGAGCCAGCUCAGGAGCUUCACCCGCGACCUCCUGGAAAAUGUUUACGGUAACCCUCACAGCCAGAACAUCAGCAGCAGGCUCACCCAGGACACCGUGGACCAGGUGCGCUACAGGGUCCUGGCGCACUUCGGCACCUCCCCGGAGGACUACAGCGUGGUCUUCACCGCCGGCAGCACGGCCGCCCUGAAGCUGGUGGCGGAGGCCUUCCCGUGGAGCCGCGGGAGCCUGUUCUGCUACCUCACCGACAGCCACACGUCCGCGGUGGGCAUGCGGGCGGUGGCCGCGGCCAGGGGUGCCACCUGCAUCCCGGUCCGGCCGGAGGCUCUGAGGCCGCAGGAGGAGCGGGGUGCUGCCCCCGCCGACCAGCUCCCGCACCUCUUCUGCUACCCGGCCCAGAGCAACUUCUCUGGCAGCCGGUACCCGCUGGCCUGGGCGGGCGAGGUGGCGGCAGGCCGCCUGUGCCCGGCGGGGGAGGGCGCGCCGGGGCGCUGGUUCGUGCUGCUGGACGCCGCCGCCUAUGCGGGCACCUCCCCGCUGGACCUGUCGGCGCACCCGGCGGACUUCGUCUCCCUCUCCUUCUACAAGAUCCUCGGCUUCCCCACCGGCCUGGGCGCGCUGCUGGUGCGCCGCCGGGCCGCCCCGCUGCUGCGGAAAACCUACUUUGGAGGCGGCACGGCGGCCGCCUACCUGGCGGGAGAGGACUUCUACGUCCCCAGGCCUUCCCUGGCAGAAAGGUUUGAGGAUGGCACAAUCCCGUUCCUUGAUGUGAUAGCGCUCAAGCACGGAUUUGACGCCCUGGAGCGCCUCACAGGCGGCAUGGAGAACGUGCAGCAGCACACCUUCACCUUGGCUCGGUACACCUACACCGCCCUGCGCGCCCUCCGGUACUCCAGCGGGGCCCCCGUGGUGCGGAUCUAUAGCGACUCUGAGUUCUGCAGCCCCGAGGUGCAGGGCCCGGUCAUCAACUUUAACGUGCUCGACGCCGACGGGCGCGUCGUCGGUUACUCCCAGGUGGAGAAGAUGGCCAGCCUCUUCAACAUCCAGCUGCGCACCGGCUGCUUCUGCAACACGGGCGCCUGCCAGCGGCACCUGGGCCUCAGCGACGACAUGGUCAAGAAGCACCUGCAGGCUGGUCACGUCUGUGGAGAUGACGUGGACCUCGUGGAUGGGCAGCCGACGGGGUCCGUGAGGAUUUCGUUUGGAUACAUGUCCACUCUUGAGGACGCCCAAGCCUUUCUCGAGUUCAUCAUCGCCACCCGGCUGCGCCCGCAGAGUAGCCAGCCUGGUCCUCGGGCCGCCCCUGGGGAGGCUGGCACCGCACCAGCAGAGACUGAGGCUCAGAGCACUGUGCCCGCCACUGUGUUCACAACCGUGCCCACCACUGUGUCCACCACUGUGCCUGCCACUGUGCCCACCACUGUGCCCGCCACCGUGCCCGCCACUGUGUUCACCACCGUGCCCACCACUGUGCCUGCCACUGUGCCCACCACUGUGUCUACCACCGUGCCCACCACCGUGCCCGCCACUGUGUCCACCACUGUGCCCACCACCGUGUCCACUGUGCCCGCCACUGGGCACAGAUCUAGUCCCUCUCCUCGGGAAGACACCCCCACAGCCUCCGGGGCCGGGAAUGCCUGGCCCCCUGCUCUGGGUGCUGUGUGUCAGCACUCACCGCUGGAGGCCACCAGGCCCCUGCAGGCCCCUCCAGAGACAGCGGCGGCCCCGGGCGAGGGCCUCGGGCCACAUGUGGUCACCAACCUCUUCCUCUACCCCAUCAAGUCCUGUGCUGCGUUUGAGGUGACGCAGUGGCCUGUGGGACCCCGAGGGCUGCUGUACGACCGGAGCUGGAUGGUUGUGAACCACAACGGCAUUUGCCUGAGUCAGAAGCAGGAGCCGCGGCUGUGCCUGGUCCAGCCCUGCAUCGACCUGCAGCAGAGGAUCAUGGUCGUUCGAGCCAAAGGAAUGGAGCCUAUAGAGGUGCCUCUUGAGGAAACCAGUGAAUGGGCUCCGAUUUGCCAGAGCAAGGUCUGUGCGGACAGGGUAAAAACUUAUGAUUGUGGAGAAGAAAUUUCAAGCUGGUUGUCAAGGUUUUUGGGCCGUCCGUGUCACUUGAUCAAACAAAGUUCGGACUUUCAACGAAACGCGAAGAAGAGCCGUGGCAAAGGGCAGUCUUCUGGCACUCAGGCCACUCUUUCUCUGGUGAAUGAGGCCCAGUAUCUGCUGGUAAACAGAUCCAGUGUUUUGGAACUUCAGCGGCAAUUAAGUGCCAGUGAUGAGAACGGAAGGGAGGAAUCGUUCCCGAUGAGAGAUCUCAUCUCACGUUUCCGUGCCAAUAUUAUCACCAGCGGAGCAAGUGCUUUUGAAGAAGAGAGAUGGGAAGAGAUUUCAAUUGGCUCCUUGCAUUUCCAGGUGUCGGGGCCUUGUCACAGGUGCCAGAUGAUCUGCAUCGACCAGCAAACCGGGCAACGAAACCAAGAUGUAUUCCAAAAGCUUUCGGAGAGCCGAGAAAGAAAGGUGAACUUCGGAGUGUACCUGAUGCACGCGUCUUUGGAUUCUUCCCCCUGUCUCCUGUCCGUGGGAUCUCAGGUGAUCCCUGUGUUGAAAGAAAAUGUAGAACGCCAUGAUUUACCUGCUUCUGAGAAACAUCAGAAUGUUGUCUCCUAA